CCAGCCCGCCCGGGGCGGCGGCGCAGAGCCGGGCCGGCGCACGAGGCAGCCAGCGCGGCCAUGACGGCGGAGAAGGCGCUGCCCCUGGGCAAUGGGAAGGCUGCAGAGGAGGCGCGGGAGUCCGAGGCGCCGGGUGGCAGCGGCAGCAGCGGGGGCGCGGCGCCCGCGCGCGACCCGCGCGACAAGCGCGACAAGGCGGUCCACGAGCGUGGCCACUGGAACAACAAGGUGGAGUUCGUGCUGAGCGUGGCCGGGGAGAUCAUUGGGCUGGGCAACGUGUGGCGCUUCCCCUACCUGUGCUACAAGAACGGAGGAGGGGCAUUCCUGAUUCCCUACGUGGUGUUUUUUAUUUGCUGUGGAAUUCCUGUUUUUUUCCUGGAGACAGCUCUGGGGCAGUUCACAAGUGAAGGUGGCAUUACGUGUUGGAGGAAAGUUUGCCCUUUAUUUGAAGGCAUUGGCUAUGCAACGCAGGUGAUUGAGGCCCAUCUGAAUGUGUACUACAUCAUCAUCCUGGCAUGGGCCAUUUUUUACCUGAGCAACUGCUUCACUACUGAGCUACCCUGGGCUACCUGUGGGCAUGGGUGGAACACAGAGAAUUGUGUGGAGUUCCAGAAACUGAAUGUGAGCAACUACAGCCAUGUGUCUCUGCAGAAUGCCACCUCCCCCGUCAUGGAGUUUUGGGAGCGCCGGGUCUUGGCCAUCUCCGAUGGGAUCGAGCACAUCGGGAACCUUCGCUGGGAGCUGGCCUUGUGUCUCCUGGCAGCCUGGACCAUCUGUUACUUCUGUAUCUGGAAGGGGACCAAGUCUACAGGAAAGGUUGUAUACGUGACCGCGACAUUCCCCUACAUCAUGCUGCUGAUCCUCCUGAUACGAGGGAUCACGUUGCCCGGGGCCUCAGAGGGCAUCAAGUUCUACUUGUACCCUGACCUCUCCCGGCUCUCCGACCCACAGGUCUGGGUAGAUGCUGGAACGCAGAUCUUUUUCUCCUAUGCCAUUUGCCUGGGCUGUCUGACCGCUCUGGGAAGUUAUAACAAUUAUAACAACAACUGCUACAGGGACUGCAUCAUGCUCUGUUGCCUGAACAGUGGCACCAGCUUUGUGGCUGGAUUUGCCAUCUUCUCAGUCCUGGGUUUUAUGGCGUACGAGCAGGGAGUACCCAUUGCUGAGGUGGCAGAGUCAGGCCCUGGCCUGGCCUUUAUUGCGUACCCCAAGGCGGUCACCAUGAUGCCUCUCUCCCCGCUGUGGGCCACCUUGUUCUUCAUGAUGCUCAUCUUCCUAGGCCUGGACAGCCAGUUUGUGUGUGUGGAAAGCCUGGUGACCGCCGUGGUGGACAUGUACCCCAAGGUCUUCCGGAGGGGUUACCGGCGGGAGCUGCUCAUCCUAGCCUUGUCUGUUAUCUCCUAUUUUCUGGGCCUCGUGAUGUUAACGGAGGGUGGCAUGUACAUCUUCCAGCUCUUUGACUCCUAUGCUGCCAGUGGGAUGUGCCUUCUCUUCGUGGCCAUCUUUGAGUGCAUCUGCAUUGGCUGGGUGUAUGGAAGCAACCGGUUCUAUGAUAACAUUGAAGACAUGAUUGGCUACCGGCCACCAUCGCUCAUUAAGUGGUGCUGGAAGAUCGUGACCCCUGGGAUCUGUGCGGGGAUCUUCAUCUUCUUCUUGGUCAAGUACAAGCCACUCAAGUACAACAACAUCUACACCUACCCAGCCUGGGGCUAUGGCAUUGGCUGGCUCAUGGCCCUGUCCUCCAUGCUCUGCAUCCCACUCUGGAUCUGCAUCAAGGUGUGGAAGACAGAGGGGACACUGCCCGAGAAACUUCAGAAGUUGACGACCCCCAGCACAGAUCUGAAAAUGCGGGGCAAGCUUGGGGUGAGCCCACGGAUGGUGACAGUUAAUGACUGUGAUGCCAAACUCAAGAGCGACGGGACCAUCGCAGCCAUCACAGAGAAGGAGACGCACUUCUGAGCGGCCGCCCGCCACCUGGGGCUCUUCUUUCUUUCUUCCCCCUCCAUGUGUGUAAAUGAAUUCCUGAACCCCAUGCUUCACCUAAUGGUAGGGGCUUGCUUGUUUUGCACAGGGUUUAUUAACAAGUUAAUUUCAAGGUGGCCACUGUACACUGCUCUGAAGUCAUACCCCCUCCCCGCCCCCAGUCAUCAUGGAAGUAACCACUACAAAGAGAUAACACUGUACAGUGACUGCCAGAUCUUCUGUCCUAGGGCAGUUUUAAUCAAUGUUUUCUAGGGAUUAGGAAGAAGUGUAUAAUAUUGUAAAACUUUUUUUACUGGGGUUGUGGGCCAGGUGGGGUGGGGAGUGAUGGCUGUCCUCCUCUGUCAGCCUUUUAAUGACUGUUCCGUGUCCCACGUUUGUCUCUGACCAUCCACAGCCGCCCCUCCUCCAUACCCCAGGGAGAACUUUUCCUUCAAACUUUCCCUUUCCAAGGGACACUGGGUUUGCAGACAGCAAGGCUAUGUGGCAGAGAAGAAAAGGUUCAGCAGACUCGGGACUCCUGGGCUGGAGGCCCCCCUCUGCCCUGAUCCCAUGAAGUGACCUUGGGCACUCCCUUUCCCUCCCUGGGCCUCAGUUUCCCCAUCUCCCAAAUGGGAGGAGGAGCCGGAUUGGGUUAUCUCUUAGGGAUUCUUUUUGUGGGCCUUGCUGGCUUGCAGACCUGCCAUGGACCUUGGCUUCCUCUGAAGACUUGCAGGCAAUAAUCUCUGCCCUCCCAGUUGUACCUCCUCCCCACCUGCUUAUUUAAAAUCAAGUUUAUCGUAGAAA